UAGUAGGCGUGGCCCAUGGGCGGUCGCGGAACGCGUGGUCGACUCGAGGGCCACAGUGGCGGCCGAGCGCGGCUGCUGUACGUGCCGCGGGGUGUCUGGAUGCGCGCGCCCAUGGCGCUGGACUUGGAGAAGCAGCGGGCGCCGAGCCCCGGCCGCCCGGGCUCGCCGGCUUCCUCCGAGCGACGGCACAAGGUGACUGCGGACGGGGCAUCGGCGCCGCAGCCGCAUCAGCAACCGGCCGCCCAACCGGCACAGGCGGCCGGGUCGACGCCGCCUCUGAAGUUCUCCAUUGAACGGAUCCUGUCGUCCGAGUUCGGCCCGAGCGGCGGCCGCAGUGUUCCCACCGUCGCCGCCGUUCUCGCCGCCAAGGAGUCGCAGCAGCCUCGCAAGGACGAGCGCACCAAGUCCAUCGCCGCCGAGCCCCCCACGACGCCUCCUCAGCAGAACCAGCCCGGACUGCUCUGGCCCGCCUGGGUCUACUGCACGCGAUACUCAGACCGGCCGUCCUCAGGUCCCCGGUCUCGCCGCAUGAAGAAGCGCGAGAAGAAGGAGGAGAAGCGGCCGCGCACCGCCUUCACGGCCGACCAGCUGGCGCGCCUGAAGCAGGAGUUCCAGGAGAACCGCUACCUGACCGAGAAGCGCCGCCAAGACCUGGCGCGGGAGCUGCGCCUCAACGAGUCGCAGAUCAAGAUCUGGUUCCAGAACAAGCGAGCCAAGAUCAAAAAGGCCUCGGGACAGCGGAACCCGCUCGCCCUCCAGCUGAUGGCGCAAGGCCUGUACAACCACGCCACCUCGUCGCAACAGGGCGGCACCGGAGACGACGACGACAACUCCUCCUCGUGACACUGAGCUGCUGCAUGCGCACGUCGCCGCUGGGACCAAGGGUCAACGUCGCGACAGGUCGUGCCGGCUCCGAGAAGAGCGCCAUGGGUUCGUUGUGCUCGGCAACUGGUGCGGAGACGCUGCUCGCUUAGCUGCGCGCCCGAUUUUCGUGCAGACCUCAAUUACCGGAGAGCCUGUGUCCGCGUGGAGCUUUGUGCGACGGUUCCCUUUACGUGUGUGCGUGUGUCUGACGAGAACCGAACCCGGGUACAGACAGACAUUACAGAAGAAACGAGAAGAUGAAAGGAAUAGAUGGGAAAAUUGGUUGCGAGUUUAAAGAUAUUUUUUUCUCCUCCUAAACAUCAUUCAAAUUGUCGUGUGUUGAUCUCAUCUAUGAUUCUAUAACAGAUCAAAGUUAAUAAUCGGGCAACGUCCAAGCCCCCACUUUGGGGAUUCAUAAAGCGCGAUAUAUGGCGGCUAGAAAAUCCAUGGGCUCGACUUGCUAAAGUGAUAGUCUCCCCGUUAAAAGAUUGCGCGCGCUCUUAAAAAGCACAAAGCAAACGUUCCAGGUCUCGGUAAUUGUUAUCCAUGAUUAAUUUUUGAAAGCAAUAACUCGAAUCGCUUAAUAGUGCAGUAAAGCUCGGGCCCAAUCGAACCUCGUGGUCACAGUUAAGUCGCGCGCAGAGCACACGUUACUGCACCAGAUGCAAAUGCAUGGCCAAAGCGUCUCCCAUCAUGUGAGCUCAACGUCAGCUCGAGGAAUCCCGAAGGACUCAGCCCACGUCCUUUGUCACCAGUGCCGCCAGAGAGCGAAAACGCAUCCAACAACGCUUGGCGAUUACAUCACUCGGCGCUGCUGAUGUGAACCUCAAAGGCUGCGGCUUUACGGGAUCGCUCCGCGAGCGCCCUCGAAAGCUAUAUCAACGAUAGUUCCUCAAGGUCAGAUAGGCACGGCAUGCUAUUUUGAGACGGAUACGCACCGACACAGCAGAGUUGUAUUAGCAAUGGCACUCAAACCGCUUCCACUGUGGCCUGCUGCAAAAACUUAAACUAUCUUCCCUCGUGACUGUUUUGCAAGAAAAGAUUACAAGUCGCACCCAGUCCUAAUCACAACCGCACUCUGUAGACGAAUCCUUCCUGUUGCGAAAUCCUCUGGCGACGCGGUGCGUCAGCGUAAGCCCAAGAGCAGGCGCACUCUCUGCAGGAGGUUAGCGACAAGCACGCGACCGCGCUGCCUUCAAGGCUCGCUGGCUACGCAAGAGCGUCCGACGUGGCACCCUGAUCGUUACCGCGGCACAACAGCGCAACAUCAGCCGCAUGGUCGUUCUCCGGUGCUUACGAGGUGCCACGCGCGAGAACGCAGCGUCCGAGUGCACCUGAAGGACGACGCGGUGUUGUGUUCGCCGUCCCUCCUGCUUGUUUCGGGUCUCGUGAGUUGUCUUCAAGUGCUGGACGUUUGGAAGACUUGGUGACCCCGGCCCAGCGCGGCCCCGGACCUUCUAGCGGCGACGAACAGUGGUGCGCGGUGAUCGAUAACUAGCGCUGCGGCGCAGGUGUGUGCGCGUGUGUGUUGACAUAGUCACCUGUACAGAUACUCAAAAAAAGAAAAAAAAAAGACUCGAUCGUGCAGAAAUGACCGCCACCACGUUGGCGGCCUUUCCUUUCUGUCUUUCUGUACAUAACCUGUUCUCCUUUCUUCUCACUGUUCGCGGUCCUCGCACUGGCGGCAAGGACAUUGUCUUAUAUCUCACAAACGCUAUAGGAGAAAUACACAUCCUACACUUCUCAAUGG